UUAACCGCCUCAACUUCUUCUUCUACCUCCACGGAUCCAAACCUUCCACGCAACCCAAUCCGAGCCGCAAGCGAGACCAAUCCCCCCCCGCCGCCCUACUUCUUAUAAUCCGGCAACCGAUUCCCGCAGAAUCGCAACAAGCAGCAGCUCUCCCAGAGCGAAACGCCUCUCGCCGACGACCUCCGAAACGCGCCACCAACCACCAAAGUCCCCUCCUUUUUUCCCGGCCGGCGGCUUCGAUUCCGCGACGGUCAACGAGGGGGGGUCGCGCCAGCCAUGGGUUUGGGAUUGAGAGUGCCGGUCUCCUUCCUCCUCCUGCUGCUGCUCGUCAGCGUGGGAGCUGCGCAAGGCAGGAGCACCACUGUUUUUCUCAAUAUUGAGAAUGAGGCUGGAGAGCAUGGUCAAACCUACAAGGAGCAAAUAAUUUCGAGCAAAAUUCCUGUCCAUGUUGAGAGGGGAAACCCAUUGUGCUCGGCCUGUAAGAACCUUACAAAUGAAGCCGUUAGCUAUCUUAGUCAGAAACAAUCACAAGAUAAGAUGCUGGAGGUCCUUCACGAAGCUUGUUCUCAGACAUUCUCUUUGGAGCAGAAGUGUGUUGAGUUGGUGGACUCCUAUGCGACUCUUCUCUUUGCCAAGAUUGCUGAGAUCAAACCAGACGAAUUCUGCAAACAGCAUGGCCUCUGCAGGGAUACUGCUCUUCUGUCAAUCUCUGGUGUGAAAAGCGAGAGCACGUGCGUGUUCUGCCACCAUCUCGUGGAUGAAGUUAUGUCCAAACUGAAAGAUCCUGAUGCUGAGUUUGAGAUUAUCCAAAUUCUCCUCAAGGAAUGCAACAAGAUUGAAGGUCAUGUGCAGCAGUGCAAGAGACUGGUCCUGCAAUACAUCCCUCUCAUCCUGGUCAACGGCGAGAAGUUCCUCGAGAAGAACGACAUAUGCACGAUCGUCCAGGCUUGCAACACCACCCAAAAGAGCACGGCCCGAUCGUCCUUCGAGGGGGCGUUGCUGAGCGACGCAUGAAUGAAGGGCAGGAAAACGGCCCACACGAAGAAAAAUCGGCAAAAAACAAGGAUGCACAAGUUCUUGCUGUAUUGUACAUAGGGGCUGUUUGUUAAAUUUAAGUGCCUAUUGUUGUUGCCUAGCCGCUCCUGCAUUCAUUCUGUGGAUGACUUGUAUUUAUAAAAGGAGUGGCAAGCUAUGAAUAACUCUGUCAAGUCAAGUUGGUGUGUAUAGUUUAUUUGCACAGCUUUGUACUGCUGUUUCAAUUCCAGUAAUUCUAGUAACAUGAAAGCCAUGUAUUUGCUGGUCAUUACUGUGUUGAGGAGUGGUUAAUCU